AUGUUCAAUUUCUCUUCGUUUCUGCUCUCCCUCCGCCGUCAAUUGAUGAGCACAUCUUUCACAAAGGUCGAUAAGGGCGCGCCAACACCCAAGAAAGGAGACGUUGUCGAAUAUUGGCUCAAACACAUAAAAGGUGCCUCAAAACGACAGCAAGCCACGUCCCGGUUCGUUGGGAAGCACGCUUCAGUAAUAUCGCACGUUGACCACAAUGCACGUAUGGUCUGGUUACACUGUGUCUCCCGCAACCAUCCAGCGAACCCACCAUGGCAACAACCCGCGAGAUGGUACCACUUCGCCUUUGGCGCUCUCAGCCUUCGGCCGCACAUCGUUCCCUUCGAACGCCUUAGCCUGCCUUUCAGAAAUGUGGGGAAAUUCUCGACGGCCCAAUUAAUCAGAGACUCCGACGCGUACGGAUUGUUAGGCAGUUUGUAUGGUUGGAAAAUCGGCAAGAUCGAGCCGAAAGAAAUUGAGUCAACGACAUCAACUCGGAUUGCGACGACGACGACGCCGGCGAAGACGACAGCGAAGGAACCUAAGAAGGUGAAGGCGGUGAAAAAGAUGGAGGCGGCAAACGUGAAGCGAGAGAAGAAGGCGAAGCGAGCGAAGACCGUGGAAAAGGCGAAAGCAGCGAAGGUGAAGGCGGAGGCGACGACGAAGGCAAAGGCGGCAAAGGAGGCGACGAAGGCAAAGGCGGCAAAGGAGGCGACGAAGGCAAAGGCGGCAAAGGAGGCGACGAAGGCAAAGGCGACGACGAAGUAA